AUGGUCUCACUCCUCGAACAAAUUCUUCCCAGCCCUGCCGGUGCCCUGCUAGGCGCUGGCGUGUGCCUCGCGCUGUGGUUCGGAUGUUACGCCACAUAUCAAGUGUAUUUCCAUCCCUUGGCUCGAUUUCCUGGGCCCUUCCUAGCAUCCGUGACCGAUUUAUGGCAGACCUACCAAUUUUUAACCCUCAAGCAACCUUACAACCUGACGGAGUUGCACGCGAAGUAUGGCCAGUUUGUUCGAUACGGUCCCGAUAAACUCAGCAUCACGGCUGAGGAUGCGAUCCCCUUGAUCUAUCAGAAGGGUGGACGUGCGAUGCCCAAGACUGAGUAUUAUGAUGCAUUUGGGGCGGCUCAUCCUAAUGUGUUCGGGAUGAGGGACGAAGAGAAACACUCUAUCCGCAGGCGCCACAUGUCACACAGCUUCUCCAUCAGCUAUGUCAAGGAGAUGGAGAGGUACCUCGACGAGAAUAUCCUGAUACUGAGGAGGAAAAUUGCAGGAUAUGUGGACCGAGGAGAAGCGUUCAAUUUGAAACAGCUCAUACAAUUCUACGUAGUCGAUGUUCUCGGGGAGCUGGCAUUCAGUCAGUCGUUCGGAAUCCAAGUCGCUGAUGAUGACUCCCUGGUCCCGCCCGUCAUCGAGCACAGUCUACUCGCGGCGGUCACAGGAGCCUGGCCCGCGAUGACAUUGACGCUCAAGAAGUGGCUACCGAAAAUUCCCCACGGGGGUCUGCAGACUCUUUUCAAGGGUAGAGCGGCGUGCGCAUCUUUGGCUUCGCGCUGCGUCAAGCGAAGAAUCGCAGCGCUUGAGGAGGAGCUGGCCAAGGGAACUGCCCAUGAGCAGAGAAAAGACAUCCUCACCAACCUGAUUCUUGCAAAAGACCCAGAGACUGGCAGGAGUCUCACCCAGACGGAUCUGGAAACGGAAGCCUUUGGAUUCAUGUAUGUCCCACUUCUGACCUUCCUCUGUAGAGAUUUCGUUUACUGA